AUGUCUUCUUCGAACCAUCCCAGCGCCGGCACCUCGUCCACGCCCUCGUCAGGGCGCACAGCAGAAUGGGACGAGCUGCACAAAGUCCUUCACUCGACGGGCGACUCGAUCCGCCGUCAGGUAGUCGGCGAGGAAUACGUCAACCGCAGCUUGGCCAACGCGAGCUCCUUCACAAUGCCGAUGCAGCAGCUCGCGACCGAAUACGCCUGGGGUGGCAUUUGGUCCCGACCCGGCCUGGCUCGACGCGAUCGAAGCAUUCUCAACCUCGGCAUGCUGGCGGCGCUGGGCAAGUCGACCGAACUGGCAACGCACGUGCGAGGCGCGCUCAACAACGGCGUCACCGAGACCGAGAUCCAGGAGUGCCUGCUUCAGGUGGCGACGUACGUGGGCAUGCCAGCGGGUAUGGAGGCGUUCAGGGCAGCAGACAAGGCGGUGCAGGAGUGGAAGUCGACCAACACUGCGCCGGAGCCACCGUCCAAACAUUAG